AUGACGUCGUCCGCGGACGCGUCUCGCGCGCGAGCGAACAGGGAGGAGUCCGCGCUCGCGUGGCUGCGCGCCGAGGCCGCGGAGGCGAGUCGACUGCGCGAGGUGGUCGCGAGGCAGCGAUCGGCGCUUCGCGACCUCGUCGCCGCGAGACGCUCGGGCGCGUCGCCGCGCGUCCACCGCCUCGAUCGCGCCGACGACGACGACGACGCGUCGGACGACGACGACGACGACGCGUUCGCGACGCCGUAUUCCACGCCGAAGGCGUCCGCGUCCGCGUCCGCGUCCGCGUCCGCGUCCGCGACGCCGACGCCGACGCGCCUCGACGACGACCGACGCGCGAUCGCGUCCCUCGAAGCGCUGACGUCGUCGCUGCGAAGACGCCUGCGCGACGUCUCCGCCGCCGCGGUCGUCUCCGCGCGCGUCCGCGCCGUCGACGCCGCGCGCGGCCUCGCCGCGGGGCCCGCGCGCGCGCGCGACGACGAGACGGAGGCGGAGACGGAGGCGACCGAUCGCGCCGACGCGCGGGUAGAAGCCGCGUCGCUGAGGCGCGCGUCGGACGCGGCGCGAGAGCGCGAGACGUUCCUGGAGGACGCGCUGUACGACGCGCGCGAGACGAUCGCGUCGCGCGCGGUCGAGGACGCGCUGAGGGAGAGGGAGAGGGAGAGGGGGACGCGCGCGGCGAGCGAGGAGGAGGAGGGGGGAGAUUCAGUACUCAACCAGACACGUAGGGCCUACAGUACGCAAGCUACGUCCGCGUCCGAGGAGACGGCUCCGGCGUCUCUUCGACCGCGGAGACCCCGCGCACUCGUUCUCCGCGCGCGCGGCGACGGCGACGCCCUCGACGACUCCCUCGACAUGGCGUUCGGACGCGGCAAAAAAUCGACGAAGGAGACGACGACCGCGUCCGACGCGGUCGCGACCGCGACCGCGGGCGCGGCGACGGCGACGUCCGGCGUCGCGGGCGCGGUCACGGAGGAGGUGGAGGCCGUCGGCCGCUCGGUCGGCGACGCCGCGACCGCGGCGAAGACGAAGACGAAGGACGUCGCCGGCGGCUUCGCCGGCGGCGUCGGCGACGCGCUCUCCACCGCCGCGCGCGCGGUCGGCGGCGCGCUCGAGAAGGGCGCGGAAGCGACGAGGGACGCCCUCGACGUGAACAAGGACGGUAAGGUCGACGCCGAGGACGCCAAGGCGGCGAUGGAGGAGACGAAGCGACGGUGCGUCCCCGCGGGGGGGAAGUGCGUCGUCAUGUGA